AUGACGCAGCAUUCUCCCACCAGCCAGGUGCUCCACUCCCCUCCGCAGCACCAUGCCGACCGCCCCAAGGGCAUCUUGAAGAACCCUUCCUUCACUGCCACUUCGCCCGAGGCUGCGCCCUUGCAGAGGGCGCCGUCCGUCGAGAGGCCUACCUUCGGUCGCGAGUUGUCCGAGAAAGAAAUUGUCCUGCAAAACACCCAGAUCAAUGCUGGACACCGUCGUUCGUCUUCCAACGCGCGCGGCCCUCCCUCUAGGCGCCAGUCUGGCACGCCCAGCCACUCUCAGGCCGAUGAGAACAGUCCCCGCCUGAGGUGGGAUGAGGCGAAUCUCUAUCUCGCUGAACAACAGCGGGACAGCACCAUGAAGAUCACGGAGCCCAAGACGCCUUUUGCGAAGCAAUAUGACCCGACCGAAGACGAGGAAGAGCUGACCGCGCUGAACGCGGAGGAUCUGAUGGUGGACGAGCUUGACAAGGCCAAGCCUCAGCAGAAGCCGGUGAAGGAGGACGAAAUUCCAGACUUUGACCUUGGAUCGCCUGAAAUGGAACGCCUUGAACACCAAAUGACUCCUGAUGGCGAGAAGCGUGUUCUCGUGGACCCUGAGACUAUCGAGGACGGAGGUAGACAUGGCGAGGAAACCGCUGAUAUGACGGUCGAGGAAAAGGAGAAGCAUCGCCAGUUUGAGCAAAUGCGGAAGAAGCAUUAUGAAAUGAAGGAUGUCAAGAGUUUGCUUGGGCACCCGGAAGAACUGGAUGAUGAGGAUGACGAAGAGCCGCCGCCGAUGCCUGCCAUGCCCAACAUGAACAACGGUCAGAGAUAG